CACCCACAGGCACCCGGGGCCUGGCUGGCUUCCCUCCACCCCAGCUUCGUCAGGAAGGACGUCAGGAAUGACAUCAGGAAGACAUCCGCUCUAAUUAGCAUAUUACCCUUUUAUUAUUACAGACAUCAUCUCAAUAAAUUAAAUAAAAAAUAAAUGAAAUAAAAUACUAUUCCUUUUUUUCUUUUUCUAGCAAGCUCUUGACUGUGAUCGUGUGUUUGCCAACAUGGCCCCCAAAAAGAAGACUGUCAGAAAGAACAAAGGAGAAAUCAAUGAGAUGACCAUAAUUGUGGAAGACAGCCCCCUAAGCAAACUAAAUGCUUUGAAUGGGAUCCUAGAGGGAGGCAACGGCCUUAGCUGCAUUUCUUCUGAAUUAACAGAUGCUUCUUAUGGCCCCAACCUCCUGGAAGGUUUAAGUAAAAUGCGCCAAGAGAGCUUCCUUUGCGACUUAGUCAUUGGCACCAAAACCAAAUCCUUUGAUGUUCACAAGUCAGUGAUGGCUUCAUGCAGUGAGUACUUUUACAACAUCCUAAAAAAAGACCCAUCUACUCAAAGGGUAGAUCUCAACGAUAUCUCACCGCUGGGUCUGGCCACUGUCAUUGCAUAUGCCUACACCGGAAAGCUGACUCUCUCCUUGUACACAAUAGGAAGCAUUAUUUCUGCUGCUGUUUAUCUUCAGAUCCACACCCUUGUAAAGAUGUGCAGUGAUUUUCUGAUACGAGAGAUGAAUGUUGAGAAUUGUAUGUACAUUGCUAACAUUGCUGAGACGUACUCUCUGAAAACUGCAAAAGUAGCAGCCCAAAAAUUUAUCCGGGAUAACUUCCUUGAAUUUGCAGAGUCAGAUCAGUUUAUGAAACUUACAUUUGAGCAAAUUAACGAACUUCUUAUAGAUGACGACUUACAGUUGCCUUCUGAAAUAGUAGCAUUCCAGACUGCUAUAAAAUGGUUAGAAUUUGACCAAAAGAGAAUGAAAUAUGCUGCAGAUCUUUUGAGCAAUAUUCGCUUUGGUACCAUCUCUGCACAAGACCUGGUCAAUUAUGUUCAGUCUGUACCAAGAAUGAUGCAAGAUGCUGAUUGUCACAAACUUCUUGUGGAUGCUAUGAAUUACCACUUACUUCCGUAUCAUCAAAACACAUUGCAGUCUAGGCGCACGAGGAUCCGCGGGGGCUGUCGCGUCCUCAUCACUGUUGGGGGACGCCCAAGCCUUACUGAGAAGUCCCUUAGUAGAGACGUCUUGUAUAGAGACCCUGAAAAUGGAUGGAGCAAGCUCACAGAGAUGCCCGCCAAGAGUUUUAAUCAGUGCGUGGCUGUGAUGGAUGGAUUUCUCUAUGUGGCUGGUGGUGAAGACCAGAAUGAUGCAAGAAAUCAAGCCAAACACGCAGUCAGCAAUUUCUGCAGAUACGAUCCCCGCUUCAACUCCUGGAUCCACCUGGCCAGCAUGACCCAGAAGCGCACGCACUUCAGCCUGAGCGUGUUCAACGGGCUCCUUUACGCCGUGGGCGGCCGCAACAUAGAGGGCAGCCUGGCCUCCAUGGAGUGCUACGUGCCCUCCACCAACCAGUGGCAGCCCAAGGCGCCCCUGGAGGUGGCGCGCUGCUGCCACGCCAGCGCGGUGGCCGACGGCCGGGUGCUGGUGACCGGCGGCUACAUCGGCAACGCGUAUUCGCGCUCCGCCUGCGCCUACGACCCGGCCGGCGACUCGUGGCAGGAGCUGCCGAGCAUGAGCACGCCCCGCGGCUGGCACUGCGCGGUCACGCUGGGCGACAGGGUGUAUGUGAUGGGGGGCAGCCAAGUCGAUGCGCGCGGGGAGCGCGUGGACGUGCUGGCCGUGGAGUGCUACAGCCCCGCCACCCGCCAGUGGAGCCAUGCGGCGCCGCUGCCGGUGGGAGUGAGCACCGCGGGCGCCUCCGCGCUGCUCGGCCGCGCCUACCUGGUGGGCGGCUGGAACGAGGGCCAGAAGAAGUACAAGAAGUGCAUCCAGUGCUUCCACCCCGAGCUCAACGAGUGGACGGAGGACGACGAGCUGCCCGAGGCCACCGUGGGCGUGUCCUGCUGCACCCUCUCGAUGCCCAACCACGUGACCCGGGAAUCCCGAGCCAGCUCGGUGUCCUCCGUGCCAGUCAGUAUCUGACGCAGGUAGAUGCGGAGGCGCGGCAAGAACAACUCUUUAUUCGUGGUUAACCUUUGAGUUAGCGCAAAGGAAAAUAUGUAACAUUUACUGCAACGAUCGUAUUUUAAGAUAUAUCGAGGCAUACGUCUUGAUGGUUUUAAUUCCUGGUAUCACAUGAUCUACCUCCUUUUUUUUUUUUCUUUAAAGCAAAAUUCUGGGCCAUUGCCAACAAAGAAAAAUAGAAUUUACUUCAGCGGCCACUAGGGGGCAGACAGAGUCGUUGUAGGCACUCUUCCCCGUGGCAUAUUUCCCAAUAUAGCGGUUACACCCACAUUUGAGAAGUUCCCUCUUUGCUUAAGUACUUAUUACUUAUGAUGACACUUAUGUGAGUAAGUGACUUCAGGUACAAGUUUAUUUCCCCCUCUCUUUCUGUAGGAAGCGGAAAAUAGUCUUUGGUAGGUUUUAUUGUAAAAUAGAACUCUAUAAAGACUUAAGGUUUAAUUCCAUAUUUCAGUGCAGUUUCUUUCCUGUCCUUGACUGAGUGAAGGAUGUUGAAAGGCAUCCCAGACAACGUCCUAAAGCUUAUAGCAGAGUCUGACUGGAAAGUAAGGGGAUUCCACCCCGGGUUGUCAAGGUGAUGCCUUUGGUUUAUCCCUGAGCUCCUUCUUCCUGCGUGCCUCAAGCCCCAGUGUAUUUCCACCAUACAAGUCUGCUCUGGAAGAAGGAACUGAUGCUAGUCAUUUAGUUUCUAGCGUAAAUUUGAAUCACUUGUCCUUUCGCCUAGAAGUAUUUGCACUUUAAGCCAUGCUCCCUAUUAAAGGAAUUGCAAGUAUCUUGGAAGCCUUACUCUCACCCUAAAACCUAUACCAAGAUGACUAAAUGCAACCUUGACCCUAAUGUAUGUUCCAGGAAGAACACCAAAUAAAACUAUGUCCUUAAAAAUCAUUAACUUCAAGUUUAUAUAGCAUGAAGGUUAUAUAAGCCAAUAACAAUAAUUUGAUUUCGCUCACUCUUUUACAUAGAUGAAAAUGGAAACAUCUGGAAUUCUUGGAUGUGGCCAUAACAGGAAGAGUGGGUUGUCCUGUUGGUAAAUGCCAUUGUUUCUCAUUAAUGCCAUUGUUUCUGAUUUUUUAAUUAAAAAUAUAAUACAUUUAUUUCACAUGGAAAUAUUAAAAUAACAUAUACCUAUUCUUGUAUAUAUUGUUAACCCCAUCUGCUCCAAAUUAGCUUCACAAAUUAAAGUGUAUCCACUUGAUAUCAUUUUUUCUUACAUAUUUGCCAAAUUUUGGAGCCAGGGAACGAAUGUAGUAAAUGAUACAUAUUUUCCUUUCUUAUAAUUUAUCACUUUAUUCUUUGAUAGUUUAUUUGUCUUGGAGAGGAAGUAGCCUAUCAAUUAUGGGCUAUAUGCAACUGGAUUUUGAAAAAGAAAACAAACUACUUAAAUGGUAAAACAUGAGCUGUACGGAAAUAUAACUGGGUUUUCAUUAAUCCCAUCCUCUCCCACCUUGUGUAGAUAGGCUGUUGCUAGAGUUACAAUAUUUAUAUUUAAAAUAUUUUAUUCGAACUGUGAAAAGUGGUUCAUAUAGUACACUUUGUGGAACAAUUUUAUAUCCUUGCCCCUUAUGAAAAGUUCAGUCUCUGUGUAUUUAAUGGUAACACUCUGGUAAAAGCUAAAACACUAAGUUAAGUACAAGACAUUAUUCAUAAUUAAAAAACAUUGGGCUGUUUCUUCACCCCACACAGAGCACGGGGAGCUUCCCCAAGUGCAGAGCAGGUCCCUUGACUUCUUAUCCACCUAGGCCGGAAAGCAAAGCUGUGUGAGAAGCUAGUGUGAGGAGCCAGUUAAAUCGCUGAGCUCUUAAAUCCCAAUGCACAAACAUAGAGCAUCUUUUAUCCUUGCAGCAUCAUUGGUAAAAUAAAUGUUUAUUUUGGAUUACAGAUCAUAAGUGGCAAAUAGACAUUUCAUCAAUUAUUUUGGCCACAACUUACAAAGCUUAUGUGAGGUGACUGUAACAUCUUUUAGUUUGGUAUACAUGUAUGUUCUCAUGCAGUUGAGGAGCCUGUAGUGUAUUGUUAACUUAGAAAGAAAAAAAAGAGGGGAUUUAUUAUGGAUUACAGAUCAUAAGUGGCAAAUAGACAUAAUUCCUUCAUGCACACUAGUAGAUCUAUCUCCCAUUGAAAUCCCAGAAGUAUUGUAACAUGGAGGACCUAAGGUGUAAAAUGAAAUGAGAAUCAAUCACUUGUGAAAAUUUAUCACAGAGGAAUGAAGAGAGAUGCUGAACAUAGAGGAUUUUUCAUCUACUGGAUCUUAAUAAGCGAGGUGGUGCAAAAACUUGGCAGUGGCUUUCUAGAAAUGAAACUGGAGACAUGUUAGAGCUGGAAAAAUCAUUUCAAAUGACUAUUUGAUGUAUUUUCUACAUUGUUUAUCUGAAGACUCAGAAAAAAUACACAUACCUGGGCUUACCAGGUGCCUGGGUACAUUGCAGUUCUAUCUUUUGCUUCAACAAUUACUAGUAUGUCAAUAACUACAGACCACUAUGAAUUUGGCAUGCCAGAAUUUCUGACAGAGCAAUUUGGAACAUAAGGAGCAUGGAACAUAAGGAUUGGUGAAAGUUUUAUAUCCUGGAACCUCCUGCACUGACAACUGAAAGAGGUGAAAAUAUACAGAAUCAAAAUAUUAUGCAUCACCUUUUAUAUGUAAGUGAAAUAUACUCUUUAACUACUGAAGCAAUUGCUCCUAAAAAUCUUGCCAGUUUCUUCAUGUUGCCCACCUGGAAAAUUAUUUCAUUUUUAUUGUGUUUUAAGCUUACAUUCAACUACUCUCCCCAGUUUUAGGAUCUAACCCUGUAGCUCCCUUUAUUUUUCUGUAGAAAAGGACUUGUUGUUUUUGUAAUGCCAGAGCCCUGUGAUUAAAUAAAAGCAUCAGGUCAGUGUAUCGGAGAAAUAGCCUGUGACCCAGCUGCUGACAUAAUGAAACUCAAGUUCUCCUUUUCUGAAUGGGCCAGAGACCUGGUGUGAGAGUCUCCAGGAAGCCAGAUUUAAUUAGUCUGUCCAUUUUUAGGUAGGCUCUUGGUGCCCAGGUGUCAUCCCUGACGCCCUAGUUGCUUUCAGUGGCAUUGAAUGAGUUUUCGUUUUACUUCCUAUGUUGUAAGAAUGGUUAUGAGUAGAAAGUCAGUGGUGGCACAGAUUCAUAUAAUUCUAAGCGAGGAUUAGAUGGUAGUGGAAUGUUAUGAAUGAGGAGGGGUAACUGAGAUAAUAAGGAAGUGAGAUGUACUGAAUGGCUCUAUGAUUGAAGGCAGAGCAGCGAGCAUAGUAAGUGUGUUUCAUAAGCAUGCAUAUAAAUAGAGGUUUACCUGAAAAUAGAUAUUAAAAUGUCAAUUUUUUGCUGGUUAUCCUGACCAAAUAUCUUCAGAAUAUAUCCAAGUUGCUAGGUAAAAGAAACCGAAGUCACUUCAUUAAUUCUUUUCCCUGCAUUUCAAAGAAAUGAAUUUCUAGAAUCUUCUCUGAAUUCUUCUCUGAAUAAAUGUUCGCUGAGUAGUGAGUUCGAUGCCCAUCCCAGCCACUGAUGACUGUUGUCUAGCACAGCGCAGCAUUAAAAGGAAUUAUUUUUCAGUAUCUCUUUUCAUACCAGUAGGAAAUAUAGCGUAGUUUCCUAAACACUCUUCCGUGGUAAUUAUGAGAACUGAAGGUUCUAAAUAAUAAAGAAUUACUCUCAUGCACAUUCAGAGGGUAAAGAUCAUUUACAUUUCCCUCUCAGGGAAUUUGAAACAAAACACUU